UCCCGGGUGACCGGAGGCCGACAUGGCGGCGUGGGGGGUGGCAGCGCGCACCCGGCUUUGAAUGAGGGGCAGGCGGCCAGGGCGCAGGCUGCGGGAGCGGCCCCUGGCGCCCCCGCUCCCCCGGAGCGCCCUUCCGCGACAGGCAGGGCAGUAUUGGAGCAGCCUACCUAAUGAUCCACCUUCCUGACUCUUCCUAACUUAAAGCCUGGAAUAUAGAAAGUGAUUUAAAUGCCAUAGCAUAUUUGAAAUCAAGCUGUCCUUCCAUGGAGUACUCAUGGCCUGAGGAAAAUGUCACAGGGCUGCCUUCUCUUCUCACCAGGAGGGAGGGUUUCUCACCAUGGCUGUAACACAGUUUCGACUCUUUAAAAUCUGUACUUGCCUGGCAGCAGUGCUUUCUUUCAUUAAAAAGUUAAUAUGCAGGUCUGGAAGAGGGCGAAAGUUAAGUGGAGACCAAAUAACUUUACCAACCACAGUGGAUUAUUCAUCUGUUCCUAAACAGCCUGAAGUAGAAGACUGGUCAUCAUGGGAUGAAGAUGCACCUACCAGUGUGAAGAUUGAAGGUGGUAAUGGUAAUGUGGCUGCUCAGCAGAAUCCUUUGGAACAAAUGGAACCUGAUUAUUUCAAAGAUAUGACACCAACUAUAAGAAAAACUCAAAAAAUAGUUAUUAAAAAACGAGAGCCUUUAAAUUUUGGGAUACCAGAGGGAAACACGGGAUUCUCUAGCAGAUUAGCAGCUACACAAGAUAUUCCUUUUAUUCACCAGUCUCCUGAACUGGGGGACUUGGAUACUUGGCAAGAAAAUACUAAUGCCUGGGAAGAAGAGGAAGAUGCUGCCUGGCAGGCAGAAGAAGUUCUUAGACAACAGAAGAUAGCAGAAAGAGAAAAAAGAGCAGCAGAGCAGCAGCGGAAGAAAAUGGAGAAAGAGGCCCAGAGGCUAAUGAAAAAGGAACAAACCAAAAUUGGUGUAAAACUGUCCUAACAGAAACCAGGCAUCAAUGGCAGUGCCAGUGAAGAAGAGAAUUUCAGCUCUGCAACAUACAUAUUGGUAUUGAUUUUAAGUACUUCUAGGACUUCAACAUGCUGCUUGGUUUUAGUGCAUUCUUCAGGUCAUCUUGGAAUCCAGGAUUCUCCUAAAAUACCUUGAACUACUAGUUGGUUCUCUUAAAGGAGAAAAAGCCCACAGAAAAUCAUGCCUUGAUGGAAUCAUGAUUCCUGCAAUUGCUCUAUUCCAGCACCGUUCUUUGCAGCAGAAGUUAUUGAGCAGGGAUGUUGAUUGAAAGACACUCUUAAUGAACAGCUGAAGCUUACAGAAAAGAAUGUAAAUAUUCAGUGGUGGGAAAUCUACUCUAUUGUCUGUGCUUACCUGAAACAUGUAAUUAAACAGUUUUAAAGAA